GCUUUCGCAGAAACGGUCGGAGCUUGCAGUCGAGCGUGACUCGGCAUGCGGAGCGUUGCUAGUUUGCAAUUUUUUUUAUUUUUCUAUUUCUUCUACCUCUCCUCGGCGAAUGACGCAGUCUCUCCUAGACCGAGGUGAAGUAAGCGCUUGGCCCUUAUCUGUCAGCGAGAUGAGUUGUAAACUUUUACGUAACCGCGAAGUAGUUAAUUGCUACGAGGUGCUGACCAAAUUGUUACUCCGAUAAUUGAUAAAACUUUCAUAUUGUUGAAGCGGUUCGCAGAGCUCACUGUUUCAGAACAAGUGUGAAUUUUUCGAAGUAACAAGAGAGAAGAGAAAAACAUUAAAGAAAGCAGCGCGUUUGCGCAAGAGGAAACGAAAAUGCUGAAGCGGGUGAAUCUGGCAAGUUAUUCACGUUUGGAAUUAGAACGGAGUUAAAAUUUGAGAGAGUAUGAUUUUACUCCGGGUGCAGUAACCGGUUCACAGCUUGUCAUAAUAUUAUUGUAUAAAUCAGCUAUAUAGAUCGAUACCGUUUGUGCAGAAUCAAUAAAUCGGAGAGUUUAAUCAGCCCACAAAUAAAAAAACCGUGACAACCAUGAGCAAGUCGUCGGAAGAAGCCGGUGGUAACGGACCCCCGCAGGAUGGAUCGGGAGAAAACAGUGGUCAGAAGGACGCGAAUGGGAUUUAUGAAAACCGUGCGGGGACGAAAAAGAUAGUUCGCGUGGUCACGGUAAUGGCCUACGUAUUUUCUGUGAGUUUUACUGCGAUUCUUCUAAGUGCCUAUUACGUGUUCAUUUGGGAGCCACCGAACCCGAAAAUGAUACAGCGAAGCCGACUGGUGAGCGAUCCUCAGAUAGAGUAUCUCACCCAUUACUUGCCAAAUUUACGAGCAAAUUCUUCGGAGGAGUCGCUGGUGGCUACAGGGAUCAACGAUGGUCUAGGGAAGACAUUGAAUCUCCUCGAGAGAAUAACUUUGCGGAAAGGACGUGAGAUGCGAUCCGACGAUGGUUCGCAAGGGAGGCAGACUUUCAAGGAUAGAGACGACUUUAUGGAAUUCAAAUAUUCCACCACCCCGCUCGUCGAUCUACGAAACGAGGUAUCGUUAUCCUCCGUUUAUCUCGCGACGGCUGCCUCGUCGGCGGGUGAUUUAUCGUCGCUCGAAAUCGGCGAAACAUCGUCAAGAAAAACAGAGCUAGGCGAGGAUUCACCACCAACCGAAAUCGAUCUACCUGAUAAUCAAGCCACAUCCGUAAACGUCGAUACAACGACGGCUUACGCUAACGAACCUGUUUACUCGAGGCCCACCCCGGCGAACACGGGCGUGUACCUGGUGAAAAAGCCGUACGGCGAGCUUCGGGAGGUGAAGAAAGAAGAGAAGAAAUCCGGGAAUCCUCACCAAUUUGCAAAUGAGACAGCGCAGGAAUCCGGCGGUGAGGGUGAAACCAACACGCCUCAACGGUUGCCCGGAAUCACGUUCACCAAAGAUGGAACCAACCUCUCGCCCCGACCCAACGCUUCGUCGAUACCACCCGCCCCAUCGGCGGUGGAUCUGAGAGGAAUCAUUUAUGCGGGAUUACGUUUGAAAGUUGGAAACUAUUCUCAUUUCGAAGUCCGACCCGGCGCUACGGCGAAGGGUAAUGGAGACGCGAUCGAAGGAGGAGACGAGAGGAGGGUGACGGAGGCGGUGAUAUCGGGGAUCCCAGCAGUGUCCAAGCUGGACGAGAAUUUCGAUGACGACAGGUCGGGAGAGCACGACGAUCGGUCAGGGUUGAAGGAGGAUGGAAACGAGGCGUCGACCACCGUUUCCAAGGAUCGGCCGGUCUAUGACGGGAGAAACGCGAGGGAGCGCAUCCUGAAGCGCAAAUAGUGAUACGGCGACGAAUCGAGACCUCCUGAAUUCAUGCAGUUAUGAACAAUUUUAUUAUUCGUCUUCGUAUGAUAAGCGACGAAAUUAUAUACCCGUUGUAGGUACGCAUGUGGCACUUCGAAUCGAAUAAGAGACAUGCCGGAUUCGUUGUCUUGCGUAAUGUAAUUUUAGAAUUCAAAUCUCGUAGAGUCGUAAGUCUGGAAUUGUCACUGCGAUACUACUUCCUUAUAUCAUACUGAUAUUAUGUAUAAAAUUUUACUAUUAUAAUCCACAGGUAUACUCUUAUUAUGUAUUCAUAGAUAUAUAUAUAUAUAUAUAUAUACAUAUAUA